UCUAUAGAGCACGCGGCCGGCAUUGUUUUGGCUCUUUAUUAUUACUGCUAACCAUAUUAUGUCUGAAAAUACAAGCGUUAUUAUGCCCGGCGAGCGUGUUCGGGUUGUGGAAGACGCAGCGAAAAACAAACGAGUCAUUCUAGGCCCAGGACUAAGAAGAUUGGACGACAAAGUUGUAGCCAGCAAGGCGGGCCCGCUCCGGCACAAAGAUCCAAACACAUUUUGGGUGGACAACUAUCAGCGGCGUUAUGUGCCAGCGAGAGGAGAUCUGAUUAUUGGCAUAGUGAAGGCCAGAGUGGGCGAUUUAUACCGCGUGGAUAUUGGCUCAGCGGACACGGCUGCAAUUUCCUACCUGGCCUUUGAGGCAGCAACAAAAAAGAAUCGGCCUGAUCUGAAUCCUGGUGAUCUGCUUUACGCCCGCGUUCUCAACGCCAAUGCAGACAUUGAGCCGGAGCUAGUGUGCGUGAAUUCGAAUGGCAAGCGUGGCAAGCUAGGUGUUUUACAAGACGGAUUCUUUUUUAAGUGCAGUUUAAACCUGGCCCGUCUGUUACUGCGCGAGAGCUGCCCGGCCCUCGCAGCCCUCACAGACGAGCUGCCCUUUGAGAUCGCCGUGGGCGUCAAUGGGCGGAUCUGGGUGAAGGCGCACUCAAUGCGAGAAACGGUGGGUCUAGCGAAUGCGAUUAUGAGCCUAGAACAAGCGGGCUAUGCGGAGAUCGACAAGAUCUGUGGGGAUCUGAAUAGUGUGAUGCAAACGUGAUUAAUUUAUGCAAAAUUACAAAGGAUUUACUGUUAACACAAUCUUGGCUCUGA